AUGCUAUCAUUAUAUCGAUCAAAUAAUAACGACAAUGAUUCAACUACUAUUGAUUUAUUGUAUCGUCUAUGUAAAGAAAAUGAAAUAGAAAAAGUUCGAAAUUGUUUACAAUUUAUUCAUAAUAAGAAUAUCAUAAAUAAAAUUCAUGCAUCAACCCAUUCAACAUGUUUGCAUGUUGCAUGUUAUUAUGGACAUCGAGAAAUAGUAUAUAUGUUAUUAGAAUAUGGAGCUUUACGUUCAGUAAGAAAUUUAACAUAUGAUUUAACAGCUUAUGAAGAAGCUGAUACAGAUGAUAUAAAACAAUUAUUUUUAGAAAAAAAAUUGUUUUCCAAUAAUGAUUAUGAUUACAUUGAAUGGUCAAUGGUAGGUGAUAAUCUCCUUGAUAAACAACGUGAAUUUCGACAAAAAAUUGAUUUGUACAAAAACUAUGACAAUCAACAUUUAAUAUCAAAAUUAUUAGUUGAAAUCAUUCAUUAUUAUUUAAAUGAAUAUCUGAUAAAUGAAAGUAAUGAUAAUGACAAUUCAGAAGAUCAAAUUACUCGUCAACAAAUUGAAACCAUCGAAGCAUGUUUUAAAGAAGCCAUAGAAAAACAAGAUUAUUUAACAUAUUUUAUAAAAGCUUAUACAUUAUCAACACGCUUUUUUAAAGAAUUAAAUAAACACCUAGCUCUUUAUGUAUUAGAAUAUUUUGAUAGAACAAAGUAUUUUUCGCCAAAUUAUCGUUUAGUUAAUUGCCUUAUUCAUAUCGUAACACUCUUAAUUCAUCAUCCAAAUUUAUCUCAAUAUCGAUUUCAAGGUGCAUGUUAUCGUGGUAUGAGAAUAACACAACAUGAUUUAGAACAAUAUAAAUUAGAUCAACAUAUAUUAAAUCGUUCAUUUUUAUCAGCAUCUAUUGAUCGUGAAAUAGCUGAAAUGUUUGCUGGCGAAGGUCAACAAUCUCAUAUGAGACAUACUUAUCAAAAUCAUCGUUUUUUACAAUAUUCAUGCUUAUGUAAAUAUUUAAUAAAACAAAAUUCAACAGCUAUUAAUAUUGAAAAUUUAUCGAUGAACCAACAUGAAAAAGAAAUCUUAAUUCUCCCAUUUAGUGUUUUUAAAGUAGUGAAGAUUAAACGAAAUGAUUUUGAUUCAACAAAUACAAUUUCAAUCGAAAUUGAAUUAGAAGAAUGUGAAGAUUCAGAUAAUAAUAGUGAAUCAGAAAAUAUUGAAGAAUUGAGAACAAAUUCAUUUUUAUCAUCUUGUGAUGAUAUAAGAGACCGCAGAGAAUAUCUAAAACUUCAACGACGCAAAUAUCUUCUUUAUGGCAUCAUUGGAUUUUUACUAUUAGUUUUCUUUUCCGGUUUAAUUUUCACAUUCAUUUUUACUUUCGUUAUUAAGAAAAAUACCGCUACCAACACCACCAUGUCAACAAAAGAAAAUGAUAUUGAUGUCGACGAUUCAUUACCACUAGGUUGUCCCAAUAUAUUAAAUCGAUCGAGCUGGAAUGCACGUCCGUCUAGAGGUCAUGAUAAUUUAAAAACAUUUCCGGUUACACAUAUUGUAAUAAGACCAAUAAACGAUUCUUAUUCACCUAGGAAUCAACAAGAUUGUAUUAAACAAAUAAUAAGAUUUCAACAUUAUCACAUGUACACAUUAGGCUGGUCUGAUAUUGGUUAUAAUUUUAUCAUAUGUAAUGAUAAUCAUGAUCAACAAGAAAUUUAUGAAGGUAGAGGAUGGAAAUAUAUUGGUGCACAUUGUAGAGACUACAAUAACAGAUCAUUAGGCAUUGGUAUUGUGGGCAAUUAUAUCAGUGUUAAGUCGAUGAAUAUAUUUAAAUCAUUAAUUGAAUGUGGUAUUAUAAAGAAUGCUAUUAAAAAAACUUUUACUUUGGUUGGAGAUUCAGAAUUUAGAGAUAUUUACGAAUAUUAUUUGAACUAUUUUGGAAACGAUACCAAUUUUCAAUAUAACAAUAAAGCUAGCAAUGAAUGGGUUUUUUGUUGA